GUCUUAAAUUUAACUUGCCUUAAACUGUAGGAACCCUGUAAAUGUAUUAUUUUAUAUUUAGACAUCCAGAGGUGUGAAACUGGGUGGGCAACGAUAUGAACAGACCACCUAACAACAAGAAUAAACGUCAUUUACUGGGAAAAAAAAAUAAAACGAUGGGUGGGGGUUUGUGCAGCCCUGAGAGGAGAGGCUAACCAAACUGACCUGCCUGAUUGUGCCGAAUAUGAAACAAGUUGUCGAGUUAAAGAAUGAGCGGGGUUAGAAACUUGUUCACCUUCUGCCAUCCCACCCAGGCGUGGUUGCGUCUCGUUUGACCCCACCCCUUCAGCCUCCGUUGGCCCUUCCAGCUGAAGUCUCGGAGCCACCGAAGCACCGAUGUGAAAGUCACAGCUGGAUGGCCAUUGUCUCCCCAGCCUCGGGCUCCGGGCCUGGGACCAGGAGCCUGGGAUCAAAGCCUGCUUUUGGAUUACUCUCAGAGUAAAAGGAGAAGGAGGUGCUACAUGUGGAGGAGGAGGGAGUAAAAGGGUUGAGGAAUGCUCCUAAUUAUGUGCCCUCCACUCCUUUUUUUUUCUGUGGCGUUUGUCUCGUCCCACCUCCCCGAGCGUCUGGCCUGCACUUCAGGCUACGGUGAACCUAUGAGGAGGCACCACAGUGUGACAGGAGAGUGACAUGAGGAGCGAGCUGCUCCGCCGACGCUCCUAUUAGCACGAGAUCUCCCCACAGGGAGGAGAAGCUGGUCACUCAGGAGGUGGAGAUCAAGGAGUUUUUCUGGAGGGCGUGCGCUCCGGGCAACACGGCCGCUGGCAGGGCUGACAGGCCGCCAUGGACGGUGGGCUAGGGGUCCUCCUGUCCACUGUGCUGUGUCUCAGCCAGUCGCUGCUCAUCAGCUGCUCUCUCCAGUAUCCCUCCUUCCUCUCCGAGCCGACCUCCGUGGUCCAGAGUCCGGGCUCCACGGUCCGUCUGUGGUGCUCGGUGAGUCUUCCGUCUGCGUCCGUUUCCUGGCGCUUCCGAGGCCUCCCGCUGGACCGGGACACGCUGCCCGGUGUGGAGCUGGCUCAGGACUCCCUCAGGAUCUCCAACCUGACGUCCCGGCACGCCGGGGUCUACCAGUGCGUGGCACGCUUCGGCCAUGGGCCAGCCGUCGCCAGCCGCCUGGCUCACGUGGCGUUGGCAGAAAUAUCAGAGUAUGAAGACGUCCGGCGGCGGACAUUAUCAGUGCAGGAAGGAGGUACAGUUCUUAUAGAGUGUCCUCUGCCGCACAGCGUCCCCGCAGCUCAGCCUCGACUCAGAGUCCGAGGAGACUGGAUUAAAGAGUCAACAGAUAAUUAUUUAGUGCUUCCGUCUGGAAACCUGCAGAUCAUCUCGGCUUCAGCGCAGCACCAAGGCAUGUAUAAAUGUGGCGCGGUCAACCCCGUUACCGGAGACAUCGUGGUUCAGUCUCACGGCACAAAGCUGGCGGUCAAACAUUCUGACUCCACCUCCUCCUCCUCGGUUCGGAUAGUUUAUCCCGUCAGGUCGACGAGCGUUUCGGUGCAGCUCUCGCAGCCAAUGACGUUGGAGUGCGUCGUGUCUGGGAGUCCCACGCCGACAGCCAAGUGGUUUAAGAACAGUAAGGAGGUCAAACUCGGGCCUUCUCACCAGCGACGGCACAACAACCUGGUCUUUGUUCGGACGACGAGGAGUGAUGAAGGGACGUACGUCUGCACGGUUCAGACGGAGCGAGGGACCGUGGUCAGCCACAACUACACUGUGAAUGUUCUCGAAUCUCCUUCCAUCACAGAGGGUCUGGGUGACCAGGUGGUCUCUUCGGGCUCCUCGGCUCAUUUUACCUGCUCCGUGAGAGGAAGCCCCUCCCCAAACAUCACCUGGCUGUUCAACGCAGACCCGAUCGCUCCAUCGAGCCACUUCCAUAUCUCUGGAUCCUCGCUCAUUAUUACAGAUGUGACCAUGCAGGACCAAGGAGUGUAUCAGUGUUUGCUGGACAACGGGAUCGGAUCGGCUCAGUCUCACGGGACGCUCAGAACACAGUCAGACUCGUAUUUGGGCUCCACCGCCGGCGUUCUACCGGAGACGUUACCAUCACUCCACCCGAUCCAGAGCGACGAGAGCUUCCCGAUCGAAGACGACGGCGACACCUUCAACCAGCCGACCGACAGGAGCGGCGAUCGUCCCGUCCCCGAGGCGCCGAUCAUCAUCAGCCCGCCGCAGACCCACAAACCCGACGUGUACGACCUGGAGUGGAGGGCGGGCCGGGACGGAGGCAGCCCCAUCAACGCCUAUUUUGUCAAAUACCGUAAGGUGGACGAGAUGGGAACCAUGGUGGGGAAGUGGCAGACGGUCCGAGUCCCCGGCAGCGAGAAAAGCCUGCACCUGUCCGAGCUGGAGCCCUCCAGUCUGUACGAGGUCCUGAUGGUGGCUCGGAGCUCGGCGGGCGAGGGUCAGCCGGCCAUGCUGACGUUCCGCACUGGAAAGGAGAAGAACACCUCAUCCAGCAACAAGAAUCCUUCCAAGCCCUCCAUCGUUCCGCUUCCUCCCAAAGACGACGAGGAGAGACCCUCGAGGACGAACUUCGGGGUCAAACUCGACCGAGUGCUCGAAGCUCCAGACCGGCCCACCAUCUCCAUGGCCACGGAGAGUUCGGUGUACGUCGGGUGGAUCCCACGGGCCAACGGCGGCUCUCCGAUCACGGCCUUCCGGGUGGAGUACCGACGCGGCCGCAGCGCCGAGUGGGUCGUGGCCGCGGAUCACAUCUCUCCCCUCAAACUGUCCGUGGAGAUCCGGAAUCUGGAGCCUGGGUCCGUGUACAAGUUUCGGGUCAUAGCCGAGAACUCGCACGGCGACAGCCCCCCCAGCACCCCCUCCAAGCCCUACCAGGUUCCACAGGCCAGCCGCACUGCUGACCGCCCCGUGGUCGGACCGCACAUCUCCUCCACCGACGCCAUCAGCGACACACAGAUCAUGCUGCGCUGGACCUAUAAUCCAUCGAGCAACAACAACACUCCAAUCCAGGGUUUCUACAUUUACUACAGACCCACCGACAGCGACAAUGACAGCGACUAUAAAAAAGAUGUGGUGGAAGGUGUAAAAACCUGGCACAUGAUCGCUCACCUGCAACCGGAGACCUCCUACGACAUCAAGAUGCAGUGCUACAACGGCGGAGGGGAGAGUGAAUACAGCAACGUCAUGAUCUGUGAGACCAGAGCUCGUCAGUCGUCGGGGUCGCCCAGCCAGCACCCCGUCACCCCGCCGGGCCCCCACCCUCCCGAGUCCACCGGCUCCCCCGGGGGCCUGCUGUACCUGAUCGUGGGCUGCGUUCUGGUGGUGAUGGUGCUCAUCCUGCUGAGCUUCAUCGCCAUGUGUUUGUGGAGGAAUCGCCAGCAGAACAACAUGCACAAGUACGACCCUCCUGGUUACCUGUACCAGCCGGCGGAGCUGAACGGUCACAUUCUGGAGUACACCACGCUGCAGCCAGGCGGCGGCGGCGGCGGCGGCGGCCACAUCAACGGGGGCAUCCACGGGGGCUACGGCCACGGGGGCCAGAUGUUACCUCAGGGGUGCCACCACCUCCACCACAAGCUCCCCAACGGCUUGGCACUGCUCAACAGCUCGGGCGGCGUGUUCCCGCCCGGCCACGACGGCGCUCUGCCCCGCGGCGCCCACGACUGCGAGCACCCCCACCCUCACCCCCACCACCACCUGAACGGUGGAGGGAUGUACACGGCUCUGCCUCAAACGGACAGUUCUGAUUGUAUGAGCUGCCAGAACAUCUGCAACAACAACAGGUGUUACAAGAAGACCAACGGCUCCCUGCCCCCCCGCCUGGCUCCCUGCCAGCAGGACGGGCUGGAGAUGGUCCCGCUGGGCCAGGUCUCGCCCAGGUGCCGAGGGUCUGACCCGGAGGUGGAGGAGCGCAGGGAGUCCUCACCCUCUCAGAACUCCUGCUGUCUGAUCCAGAACAAUGAAAACUCUACAGAAGACAGCACCGCCGAGGAGGAGCCGGAGUGCGAGGAGACGGAGGAGCGAGUGGUGUCCUGGGACAGCCUCGGACUGCCGGACUCGGACUGCGACGACAAGCCCGGCUGGAUCUCCAGCGGAGAGCUGAUCCGGGCCGGCCCGCGGGAGGCCUGACCCCCCCCCCACCCCACACACACAGGUUAUGGGGGUCUGCAGAAACCGAGCCGAUGGCAGACGGAAACGUCAGAGACACUGAGAGUUACGGUGACAAAGACUCAGCUGUUGGAUCGGGACGAAACGAACGGCGUCGAGGACCGAGAGCGAAAUCCAGAUGGAGAGAAACAAAAAAAAAACUUUAUCCCACCGGAGGGACCCCUCGUAAAACAUCAAGAACUCUUUAGAUGACUUAUUUAUUUUUUUGUAGUAGUAAAAUAUUAUUUCAUAUGAAUGUAUCUGUUUAAAAGAAAAAAAAGUUUGUCUUUUAUAUUAUUUAUGCCCUUUUUGGAUGAGAAAUACUUCUUAUUUUAAUUUUGUUUUGUUUUGUUUUGUUUCCACUCCAGGGUGGAGCCAUCUGUAAAGUUUUGUAAUAAUAUAAAAAAAGACGAUAACAAAAAAAGGA